AAUAUUUAGAAAAAAGAGAACACUUGAACUACAGAAAAUGUACCUAAAUAUUUAAAGAUAAACUAUCUAACUUCUUUUUGCGUUUAUAUCUGGAGACAAAGAAGGGAAAAGUGUCCAUGGCGUAACAGUCCCAAUAUACCUACCAUGGACUGCCUUGCCUUGGAUAUAGUAAAAUAUUAAUUUUAUUCAGUAUAAUCACACGCUAUACCUAAUGACUUAGCAAAGGUAGGUAAGUAAGUAAAAUCACUUAGCAUAAUAUACGGCAUACAUAUAUUCUAAAACAUAUAUGCACGUGCAUGCGUAUUUGGAUAUUGUCAAGUGUUCGAGGUACAACUAUGUCAGGGGUACAACAGCUUUCCCUAUUCAUCAACGUUCUUACACCAGCCAUCACAUUAACUUUGAAGAAGUAUCAAAACAAGUGCACCACUUGAGAGAUGUUAUACUAUGGGAUAUUCAGAGUGGUUUUGAGACGCAAUGUCAAUGUUACGACUUGGAUGAAACUAGUUUCUUCAAUCACUUGAUGUUUACAAAAUUUUGGUUUAUCCGCAUCUCAAGUGUAAACAAGAAACGCUUCUGCCUGAUGUUACUGGAAGACGACAUUCCCUGUGCAUGGACUCUGUCUCUGUUGUUGAAAUCUAUCUGGAAUUGUCGUCCGAAAGAUGCCGUAGCGUCGCAAUCUGAAGCCACGGUUUGGACCAGCUAUGAUCAGACUCCCAUGGAUCAUAACAGAACGGCGGUACCUUUAGAGAUGCUGGUAGAAGUCAUGGAAGCGGAUCGUAAAUUUUUUCGAACCCUGGACUCGAGUCACAAAGCCGAGUUCAUGUCAGAGCUGCUCAAGAUCGCUGGGGGUCCCAUCGUGUGGGCUGUGUUUCACAAAGCCCAGACCAUUUUCGACGAGUACCGCGAGGAUCAACUGCAGAAUUUACAAGAGAGUGCAGCGGUUAUUGAAGUACAGGAGAGUUCCGUUAAAACGUCGAUGCCGAUGGACGAUAAGAGUAAGAAAGAUCCACGCCGUAAAACUUCUGUGAGUGGUGGUGGAGAUGGUGGGUUUUCUUUUCCGGCUCCGAAAGACGCACAGCGAGAGCUGGAGGUAUGUUUGGCUCAAUGGACAUCUAUCAUCAAGUCUGUGAAAGACAACCAAAAACUCGAGGAAGUUGAGUUAAUCUUCAACGAUGGCACGAAGAAGAGGAUUUGGAAAAUUAACAGACCUAAACCGGAAGUCAUCGAAACUGUGGAUUAUCUUCAGUUACUACCGCAAGCGGUGGCCAAGCGAAUACUGAACUUUGUGCCUCGCGCACAACUGGCUGACUGUGCGCGGGUCAACAGAUACUGGGCGUAUCUCGUCGAUGAGCUCAAGUCUGAGCUCGCCGCACGUCUCAAAAUUGAUUUGGACAUUGAAAAGCUCACGGAAAUAAUGCUCCGUCAUGACGCAAUUAACCAAAGUAUGGACACGUUCAAAACCGUGACUACGGCCUCUUGCAGUGCUCUCGCGUCUCGGCAGUGUAUUAAGCGGCAGAAUUACCCCAAGCAGCCUAGCCAGAAGUCUGGGGCUACAAAUAUGUUAAAAUGCGUUUUGCGUGAUACAAAAAUUAAGCUGCCUCCGAUUCGUAAUCUGGCAGAGCUUUCGGAGAGGCUAGACCGCCGUGGAGCGGCCGACGAUAGUUUGGAGGAUUGGUGCAAGGCUGUACUCGCACAAUACAAUCCCGCAAACGAUGGGGUCAAUCUACCCCCCAUACGAAAAUUUUCAGUGGAUAAUGGCAUCAUGGACUUUGAGGGCAUCACUUUCCCAUGUCCUUUGAUGAGUAUGAACUUGACUCUGCCGCUCAAACCGCCGCUAUGCAAGGAUCCUACAGCUAAUACGUCCUCGUACAAGAAAAAUAAAAAUUCAAACAUUAAUGCUUCAAAAGUCAACUUUACAAAGCUGUACAAAUGGGGCUGCAAACGCUAUAAUCUUUGGAGCCGAGACUUUUCGAGUCUGUAUACCGCUUCGAAAAUUGCUAGUUAUAAAUCUCCAGUUUAAAUAGACGAUAAAUUGAUUUUUCUAGCUACUGUCAAGUUUAAAGUUGUAAUUGUUUUACAUUGAUGUAUUAUCUUGGUUCAGUUUUAUAAAGCAAAAGUAUACCACGAAUAUUAAAAUCUCGUUAUA